CUCCAUUGGCGCUAAUCCUACAUUUUCUAAAUUUUGGUAAUGACGCAACGAUUUGGCCAAGCCUUGCUACCAAGCUUGCGUCAUUUUUAAUUAUAAUUCAAGAGCAACAUCAGUUUACUUGGCACGCAAGCUACACGAGGAAAUAAGUUCUUGGUAUUAAAUCUAGGAUUGUCGUUCGCUCAGCCGAUAUGUCGCUCAAUGAAAAUUUAACACCCUUUGAAGAAAGAAGYACUCCUGAACCGCCAACUACCUCUGGGCUUUCUGAUCCGCCUCAGAACGUUUCAGCAGAAGCCUUGUCAACUUCGGACGUUGCACGUGUUACAGCUUCAGCAGUUCCUUCAAACUAUAGUGGGACGUCAGCCCCUCAAACUAGCAAUCUAACUGAAUCUCCAAAGGUCUCUAAGUUCGAUCCGUCGACUAUAGAGGUUAAUAAAACGAUACGAUGGCUAGAGCUUCGAGCUAAUGGAAAUGCAGUCCCAGGAAAUGACGUCACCAGCUCUCCAAGACAGGUGCUCGCUGAUGUGGACAGGGUUCUAAAUGGUGAGAAGAGAGACUUAGAAACUCUUGUAUUUCGAGACCCAGAUAAUUUCAAAGCGGGUGAAAUACGUAACCAUUUGCCGAUGUGGCGUGAAAUAUUAAGAAAUAAUCCGAAGAGGGAUCAGAUUUUAAAGUGGAUCGAACAUGGGGUGAGCGUUAACGAGUUUAUGCAACCAUACAAUUUUAAGGGCAAAAUGUACCCCUGUCCUCCAAAACAUAAAACCAGGAAUAGUAAAUCUUGCAAAAACUACGAGGAAAACGACAUCACAAAGAUGCUCACUGAACGCAUUAAAUCCGGCGCUUUCCGAAUUUGGGGUAAAGUUGGAAAAUGUCGUCCCCCUAAGGUAGUCCUGCCGCUAACGGUCGAGCCCACCAAACCUCGCCUAUGCAUCGAUGCGAGGUUUCUGAAUUUAUGGAUGAGAGACACGCCCUGUAGACUAGACAACCUUGCAACAGUGCCUCAAUUCGUAUACCCCGGCUCAUACGUCUCCAAGAUAGACGACAAAUCUGCAUAUGAUCAUGUCUUCCUUACAGAAGCUUCACAAAAAUACUUUGGGAUCGAAUGGAAGGGGUGGUGGCUUGUAUCUACCACCCUCCCAGCGGGCUGGAAAAACGCUCAAUUUGUUUACCAGUCUAUUGGGGGAAGCGUCAGCACAUUUCUCCGAGAAAGGGGCAUCGCAUGUAGCCUAUAUAUCGACGACCGUCUCAUAGGAGAAAUGUUUAGUGAGAAAGGCCAUUGGUCUGGAAGUAUAGAGCAAAGAGAAUGUAAAUUAAGUCAAGAGUCAGCGGUAGCAGCUCUGUAUGUAACCUGCAAAGUAGUAGUUAGUCUAGGUUAUUUCCUCGGUCUUAAGAAAUGCAAACUUGAGCCAACAAAAAAGAUCACGUUCCUGGGCAUGAACAUCGACACGCAGUCACAAGCAUUCUUAAUCCCGGAGGACAAGCGGCAAAAAUUCAAAAACCUACGGGAGGAAAUCCUCCAGCAUGAGAAUUCUACCUCUUUACAAUCUUUAAAGAAAUUUAAGGGGAAAUGCAUAUAUUUUUCGCUUGCAUUUCCAGGAGCAAAAUACCACACAAGGCAAAUGACAGCCUCUGUAGAAAAUGCAGAUAGAACCGGUUCAAAUGUAAUUCUAUCGAAAGAUUUAAGGCAGGAAAUAGAGUUCUGGAGAUUUCUAGAUUCGUGGGACAGCCCAAUUCCUUGGAGGAAAGAACAAAAAGCUUCACAAAAAUACUUUGGGAUCGAAUGGAAGGGGUGGUGGCUUGUAKCUACCACCCUCCCAGCGGGCUGGAAAAACGCUCAAUUUGUUUACCAGUCUAUUGGGGGAAGCGUCAGCACAUUUCUCCGAGAAAGGGGCAUCGCAUGYAGYCUAUAUAUCGAYGACCGUCUCAUAGGAGAAAUGUUUAGUGAGAAAGGCCAUUGGUCUGGAAGUAUAGAGCAAAGAGAAUGUAAAUUAAGUCAAGAGUCAGCGGUAGCAGCUCUGUAUGUAACCUGCAAAGUAGUAGUUAGUCUAGGCUAUUUCCUCGGUCUUAAGAAAUGCAAACUUGAGCCAACAAAARAGAUCAMGUUCCUGGGSAUGAACAUCGACACGCAGUCACAAGCAUUCUUAAUCCCGGAGGACAAGCGGCAAAAAUUCAAAAACCUACGGGAGGAAAUCCUCCAGCAUGAGAAUUCUACCUCUUUACAAUCUUUAAAGAAAUUUAAGGGGAAAUGCAUAUAUUUUUCGCUUGCAUUUCCAGGAGCAAAAUACCACACAAGGCAAAUGACAGCCUCUGUAGAAAAUGCAGAUAGAACCGGUUCAAAUGUAAUUCUAUCGAAAGAUUUAAGGCAGGAAAUAGAGUUCUGGAGAUUUCUAGAUUCGUGGGACAGCCCAAUUCCUUGGAGGAAAGAACAAAGUGUUCAAUUAAGCAUAUCAACUAGUGCUUCUUUCCUCCAGUGGACCGCAAAAAUUCACCACGCCCUUGAUGAAGAAAAAGAGAUUUACGUUAAACUGACGGAAGAUUUGUGUAAAGAGGACAUUGACGUAAAGGAACUUUACGUUGUAUUAGAAGCAAUCAAGUCACUUUCCCACUCGGUCAAUGAUUUCACGGUAGAAGUAAAUGUAGAAAAUGAAGAAACAUUGAAAACCUGGCGAAACUGCAGCACCAAGUCACUUAAAGUAAUCGAGUUGACUAGUCAACUUAUUCACGAGGUCACAAAAAGAAACCUGAACCUCGAAAUAAAUCAUACUCCGUCUUAUAGUCGUCGCCCCUCUAAAUUAGACGCAAUGCUUUCACCAAGGUGCUGGAAAAUUGUGCAAGAUGCUUUUGGAGGACCAGAGGGACACAAUCUAGAUUUAAUGUCCCUAGAUUCGAAUGUUCAGAGAGACCGUAACGGAGUUCAUCUGCGUCAUUUCACGCCAUACCCGACUGAAUUCUCAAGCGGAGUGAAUGUUUUCGCCCAGGAUCUCAAGACAUGCGAUGGAGAACGNUACCUAAUUGAUGUCUGA